AGCAAUAUUUUUCAUUUACAGUAACCUGUAAUCAUGGGAAUUUUAGAGACGGAAUUAGCUGAGCUUCAGCAAUGUGUUCCACGAGUAAUUGCGGACAGCACUGUUGAAGCUUGUGUUCCGGCAAUGGUUCGGGUAAACAUAGAGAGGACGAAAUACAAACAAAUUGUUGCGUGUUUCCAGUUCCAGCCUGACUACCCCAGUAGCCUUGCACUGAUUGAAUUGAAAAGCCGGCAUGUUUCUGAAAAACUUUUGGAUGGACUUGUAAAGUUGUGUGAAGAAGAAGCAAGGAAAUAUCUAGGGAAGCCACAGGUUUUGCAUGUGUUGAGAUUUGUUCGCAAUUUCAUCGAUGAAAACCCACUUUGCUGCUGUUCAGAAGAAAUUUCUAAUGUAAGAAAGAAGCUGAUUGCAGGAUCGGAUGAGCUGAAAUUACGCCAGAAAACCUCAUCUGUGGUUGUGAAAUUACAAGAGGGUCAAUAUAUAAUGAAAUACAAUAUCACAGUGCCAGAAAACUAUCCAGAUAAACAGGUUGGAAUUGAAGAAAAGGAAUGCAACUUCCCGUCAGCCUUCCGCCGAUGGUUCAUUGCACAGUCAACCGAAAUAGCACGUCAGUGUGUUGAGCCCCCAGCCAAGAAAAGGCCAAAGGACCCACCCUUUGUGUUGAAGCCAUCAAUGGAACCUGUGGUCUCUUUCCUUGUGUCUGAGAUUCACCUGUAUCCUAAAUUAGAAUGCAAGAUGUGCAGGAAAAAGGCCUUUCCCACAAACCCCAAGGACAUUGAGGGAAAUGAGUCAGGGCCAUUGCAUGUUGAAAGGAUCUACUGUGGCCACAUAUACCACAACAAAUGCCUGGACGCGUACAUCCGCACUCCGCCUUUCCAGGGUGGAAAGAAGUGCCAUACCUGUAACAACAAGAUUUACCAUGACAAGUGGAAGCUAACUCCAGAGACAGCAGAAGCUAGGUGGGCACACAAGCAAGCCAAGCAGAGGGAACUUGAUGAAGUAGUGGAUUUCCUCAGCUAAUAGAGGAUAGGUAUUUUUUUUUUGUAGAGCUUGUAACUAUGUAUAUGAAGAGGAAAAAAGUGCAAAUACUUAGACUGUCUAUUUUAAUUUUUGUGAUUGAUAGAUCUUUAGCUGUUUGUCAUUGUUUAUAUGAAAGAUUAAUAACCAGAUUGUCUAUUUAAAAUUAUUAAUUUUCUGUCAUUGGCAUAUAACCUUUUGUAACUCAUGUUAAGGUAUCAACAUGAAUUUAACAAUAUUCUCCCUGUUGUAAGGGAGGCCAAAAGCAAAUAACAGUGAAAUCUAGAUGAUGAUGCAUUUUCCAAUGUCUUGUACAAAACCAAGAAGUGAAACAGGCUGUAAUGUAGUCUGAUGUUACCUUUAAGACUGGGAUCUGUUAUAUGAAGAGGGAUGAGCCAGGCAACUGACAUUCAUCAGAGUACUUCCUGCCAUCUCCCACAAGUCCUCUUGUAGAAUUUUUUUUGAGUACUUUGACCCUUUUUCAAGUAAUGUCGAUAUGCCACUAUAUAAAUCUUUUUAAUCCAUGAUGGUGAUUAUGUCUUUGGAGUUGCCAUUUUUGCAUGACAGCUGAUGUGCAGGAUUCUUAGGCAAUAUCAGGCUGUGAGGAUAACUGGAUACAUUUACUUCUCCUAUCAAUCAAGCACUAUUUUGUGAUAUUUCAAAGAUUUCACAUACUUCUCAUAGACAUGUAUACUGUGUAUACAAGAAAUGUCUGUAGAACUAAACAUUUUGUUUUUAGUAUACUACAGUUUUGGUUAUAAUGACCAUUAUUUAUUUAAAACUUUUAGACUAAUAUUUGACAUAUUGUCUACAACUGUUUUAAUACUUUCUUCUUCCUCUUUCCAAUGGGAAAUGCAAAUUAAAUAUAUAUAAUGCCCUGUGCUUCAUGUGAUCAAUGUUACAAAAGAAAAUUUAAACCCCCUUGCUUUUAGACAUAAAACAACAACAUAAAAAAGGCUGAUUUAAAAUUUUCUGUAUAUUUGAUUGACAUACUAGCUUCAGAUAUUUGUUCCUAGAAUAACUGUCUGUUUUUGUGUUACUUUUUUUUUUUGCAUGGUAUAGAAGGUAAAAACAUUUAAAAUAACAUAAUUAAAAAAAUUACCUUAAGCAUUUGGAUACAAAGUAUGAGAUACCAUUUUUGGAGUUAUGUAUUUUGCUAACACUCUAAUACUAGUUCAUGUUAUUUCUCCUAGAUUCCUGCUCAUACUUUCCUUUCAAGACUUAAAUUUUUGCACUGUGCUUGCCCUUCUUUGAAAUAUGAAUUGCAUACUAAGCUCGGAUUGGAAAUUCUGGAUGAGCCUCACAUAUUUUACCUAAUAUUAUACCAAUUUUGAAGACCGCUUUGCUGAAAUAACCUGUGUAGAAUCACAUUGGCUCUUUAUUUUUAAUAGCUCUCUCUCUCUCUCUCUCUCUCUCUCUCUCUCUCUCUCUCUCUCUCUCUCUCUCUCUCUCUCUCUCUCUCUCUCUCUCUCUCUCUCUCUCUCUCU